GUCAAAAGUGGGGUGCUAUGUGUCAAAUUCUUGUGAGACACAACUUUUCUUCAUAGAAUAUAUUGUAGAACUAAUAUAUAUUGAGUAACACUAUCCUGAAGAAAUAUAUUAACCAAGAAAUGUAUAGGUUAUAAGAGAAGUGUACUUGAUAUUCGGAAAAAAAAAAAACCAAAAACUAGGUAUAAUUUGAGGUAAAUACAAAAACUAGGUCUAAGUUGAGGUGAAAAAAAACUUAAGAAGGUCUAGUAUAAAGUUAUUUGUAAGUAUGACUUUCUCUAUUUAAUCCAAAGGUAGGUUAAGCAGUCGUUGAAUGUUUUUUGUUUGUUAUAUUGAGUUGUUUGUUUGUAAUGACUUUCUCUAUUUAAUCCAUAGGUAGGUUAAGAUUAUUCAAACUUCAAAGGCAAAACCAAAUGAGCUUCGUGUGGUCCGCUGCGGUGUGGGUCAUAGCUGUAGCCGCUGUUGUGAUUAGCAAAUGGUUAUACCGAUGGUCGAACCCGAAGUGCAAUGGCAAGUUACCACCGGGAUCAAUGGGUUUACCGAUCAUCGGAGAGACAUGCGACUUCUUUGAGCCCCAUGGAUUAUACGAGAUCUCACCCUUUGUCAAGAAGAGGAUGUUAAAGUACGGGCCAUUGUUUCGGACAAAUAUUUUCGGAUCGAACACCGUGGUUUUGACAGAACCUGAUAUCAUCUUCGAAGUUUUUCGGCAAGAGAACAAGUCUUUUGUGUUUAGCUAUCCAGAAGCUUUUGUCAAGCCAUUUGGAAAAGAAAACGUGUUCCUCAAACAUGGAAACAUCCACAAGCACGUCAAGCAAAUCAGUCUUCAACAUCUUGGCUCUGAGGCUUUAAAAAAAAAGAUGAUAGGAGAAAUAGACAGAGUAACCUAUGAGCAUCUUAGAUCGAAGGCUAACCAGGGUAGCUUCGAUGCUAAGGAGGCAGUUGAAAGUGUUAUAAUGGCGCACUUGACCCCAAAGAUAAUAAGUAACCUCAAACCAGAAACACAAGCAACUCUUGUGGACAAUAUAAUGGCCCUAGGAUCUGAAUGGUUUCAGUCACCCUUGAAGCUUACGACUUUGAUUUCUAUCUACAAAGUCUUUAUUGCACGUAGAUACGCCCUCCAGGUGAUAAAGGACGUUUUCACGAGGAGGAAAGCGUCCAGAGAAAUGUGCGGAGACUUCCUCGACACAAUGGUAGAAGAGGGGGAGAAAGAAGACGUCAUUUUUAAUGAAGAAAGUGCUAUAAAUCUCAUAUUCGCUAUUUUGGUCGUCGCUAAAGAAUCUACCUCUUCCGUUACUAGCUUGGCCAUCAAAUUUCUUGCCGAAAACCAUAAAGCUCUCGCAGAGUUGAAGAGGGAGCAUGCGGCCAUCCUUCAAAAUAGAAAUGGUAAAGGAGCUGGAGUUAGCUGGGAAGAAUACAGACACCAAAUGACUUUCACUAACAUGGUGAUAAAUGAGACUCUUCGAAUGGCAAACAUGGCUCCUAUAAUGUAUAGAAAGGCUGUGAACGAUGUCGAAAUCAAAGGUUACACAAUUCCAGCGGGCUGGAUUGUGGCGGUUAUACCACCAGCUGUCCAUUUCAAUGAUGCUAUUUAUGAGAAUCCUUUGGAGUUCAAUCCAUGGAGAUGGGAGGGGAAAGAGUUGCGGUCUGGAUCUAAGACGUUCAUGGUGUUUGGAGGUGGAGUGAGACAGUGUGUCGGCGCGGAGUUUGCGAGACUACAAAUUUCUAUCUUCAUUCAUCAUCUUGUAACAACCUACGAUUUCUCAUUGGCCCAAGAAUCGGAGUUCAUCCGUGCACCACUCCCAUACUUCCCCAAAGGACUGCCUAUCAAGAUUUCCCAGUCACUCUAGUAUCUUGUGUAAUCAUAUAUGUCACUAGUAAAGAAUCCGGGGAAGUAUUUUCAAUGGGGCAAUACUAAAAUAAUAAAUAAAUCUAUUUUCAUAUUAUGCUUUAUUAGAUGAUAAUAAUAGUAAUAAUAAUAAUAUUACAAGUAUUUUUACGAUGAAUAUAUCGAUAAGGUAUUCA